AUGACCCUGACUAAGAGGGGCAGAGCGCUUCGGAGAAGGGAUAGAAAAAAACAACAACCACGUGACCGCACUGAGGAAGCAGAUCAGCUGUCAGCGCGGUCACGUGACUCAGUCCACGAGAUCAACAUGGCUGCAAGUCAGAGGGCCGUCUACUGGUUGGGGAAGGAUACACUGCGUGUGUCCGCGGCGUUGUUUGCAGAGAACAGGCGCCGCCUUGUGGCCGCGUUGAAGAAUGCGGACGGGGUGCAGGCCAAAGCAGUGGUGGUGCUACAGGGGGGAGAACAGAAGCAGAGAUACUGUACUGAUACAGAACCGGUGUUUAGACAGGAGUCCUUCUUCCACUGGGCGUUUGGGGUGACGGAGUCUGAUUGCUAUGGAGCUGUCAUGGUCCCCUCUGGACGAUCCCUUCUCUUCGUACCCAAACUACCGGACAGCUACGCUACCUGGAUGGGGGAGAUCCAUCCUCGCGAACACUUCAAGGACAAGUAUGACGUGGACGAAGUGCAUUAUACCUGCGAUAUCGCUGAGGUCCUGGCCAAGCUCAACCCCUCUCACCUGCUCACCCUGGUAGAGUCGCGUCCGGGCUGGUGUGCGGUGGUCCGCUCCAGGUACUGA